UACGAUUUAAAAACAAUAACUGUUUAAUUUGUUAACGUUUCCUCGGUUGCACUACUGACAACAUUGAGAAAAUUUUCAUAAUCAAACGUCAAGCAUUCAACCGGGUUUUAAAUCUUGUAUUAAUGAAUAAUCCACAAUGCGAAAACCUCAGACCGAUGAGCAAUUCCCCUUGUUGCUGGUUUUGAUGGGCAAUGAAGAUGUUGCCCAAAAUAACAAACGGCUUUUUCGAGGUAGACUCGAUGGGAUUACGUCGGGAGCUUCCGCAAUCAUCACCGAGUGGCCAAAUUAUUUGAGUUCGUGUUGGUUGACCGCUCUGAUCUGUGGCAUAACUCUGUUCAUCGCUUCCAUAAUGUUGACUUCUUGCAUGACUUAUGAGCACCAUUUGAGAUACCCGCGAUGUUCCUCUGAAUAUCAAUUAAUCGACAACAGGACGAUUCAUCUAGUCCACACAUCACACAAAUGGCAUUUAAACCAGCUUCGCACCUUAGAAAAUAUAGUGAAAGCGUUUCCGGAUUAUCAAAUCCAUCUCCUCAUUGUCGGUAGUAAAACCCACCAAUACAUCAAACUGAAGCGAGCAAUAAAUAACGAAACAAAAACCAACGAAACGAAAAUAAUUCACCAAAAUAAAACUGAGUUCACUAUUGAUGAUUUAGUGCAGAAAUAUCCACAUAUACUUGUCAGUCAAUUAUCCUACGGUGAUAUUUUCUCGAAUAGCCCUCUCUACUUCAGUUGGAUCCGUCUCAGUCCACAGAUGAAACUUUUUGCGAUUCGAGUAUUGCAAAUAUGGCAGUUUGGAGGUUUGAGUUUUGAUAUCCCUGAUAAAGUUGCAAACAAAAGAUGCAAAAAUUAUACAAGUCUUCUUGAAAUGAAAAUUAGGCUUUUUGUUCGGUAUGGGAAAAAGAGAUAUGAAAAGUUGGGUCAAGAUGUAGUCUCAGUUGACUCGAAUGGACUUCAUAUGGAAUCUAAAACGCCCUGUCAUGCAUUUUUUGGAAAAGUAUUGACGAAUCUACGCAAGGCGAGUCAAAAGGCUACGCCUAGAAUGGUCCUAACCGGGCCGAUAUAUGCGUUUUGUAAGGCUGGGGUUGUUGAUGAGGAAUUUUGUCCCAAAAAUCCCCUAAUUUAAUAAAUUUGUACGAA